UACAAACAUCGCAAACCGGCGCCAAAUCGCUUGUUAUUGCCGUUUGAAUACUGUUUGAGUUGUUCUUCCGAAAUUUGUGCAAAUUUAUCGGAAUGCCGGAAUCACAGGUUAACGAAGGUGCAUCUAGUUCAUCUACAUCCAAGGACAACACGCAAAACAAGAAGAAAAAUCUACCAUGGAUUGAAAAGUACCGUCCCCAGCGUUUCGAAGAAAUUGUUGGCAACGAGGACACUGUCAGCCGGUUGGGUGUGUUCGCUACCCAGGGAAAUGCUCCGAAUAUCAUAAUUGCGGGUCCUCCGGGAGUCGGUAAGACGACCACAAUCCUCUGCCUGGCGCGUAUCCUGUUGGGAGAAAACUUUCGCGAGGCUGUACUGGAACUGAAUGCUUCGAACGAGCGUGGUAUCGAUGUGGUUCGUAAUAAGAUUAAGAUGUUUGCUCAGCAAAAGGUCACCCUGCCCCGGGGUCGUCAUAAGAUCGUUAUUCUUGAUGAAGCAGACAGUAUGACCGAAGGUGCUCAGCAAGCGCUUCGGCGGACGAUGGAAAUAUAUAGUAAUACAACACGUUUUGCACUGGCCUGUAAUACAAGUGAAAAAAUUAUCGAACCAAUUCAGUCCCGCUGUGCGAUGUUACGGUUUUCGAAAUUAUCGGACGCACAAAUACUGGCUAAGCUGAUUGAAGUCUGCCAGAAGGAAGCUCUGAACUACGACGAAGAUGGACUGGAGGCCAUUGUGUUCACUGCCCAAGGAGACAUGCGACAGGCACUGAACAAUCUGCAAUCGACGGCCAACGGGUUCGGGCACAUAAAUGGAGCAAAUGUUUUCAAAGUCUGCGACGAACCGCACCCGAUGCUGGUGCAGGAUAUGCUCGAGCACUGCGUAAAAGGGGACAUCCAUAAGGCGUACAAGAUAAUGGCAAAGCUGUGGCGGUUAGGUUAUGCAGCGGAGGAUGUCAUAGGGAAUGUGUUUCGCGUUUGCAAGAGGAUGAAUAUGAAUGAAAAACUGAAGUUAUGCUUCAUUCGAGAAAUCGGCGAAACGCACAUGAAGAUUGUGGAUGGACUGAACUCACUGCUGCAGAUGUCCGGUAUGCUGGCGAAGUUGUGCGAAGCGUCGUAUGAUUAUGCGUAGGUUAACAAUUGGUAAUAAAAUAUGUUUGUUGCAAAAUACUUCAAAGUUUCAGUGGGAUUUUCGUGCUCAAAUUCAGUUUAUUUAAACAGAUCCUUAGCUAGGUAUUACA